AUGCCGAGUCGCCGCGUCGCCAGACCGCCCGCUGCGCAGGAGCUGGGGGCCUUGGGGUCGGCUGACCUCUCUUCGCUCUCGCUCACCGUUUCCAGGACCACGGGUGAGGAGCCCUCCACAGUUCCUGCACGCCUGCAUGCGCAGGAUGGGGGUGGGGGGCGGCCAGUGGAGAAGGCAUUGGGCAUGCCUGUCUGUGGAGUUCGCCGAGGUCCAUCUCAGCUUUCCCCUGACGGGCUGUGUCUCUCCCUGCCCGCGAUGGGCCCCCUAGGUGUGCCUACCUCCCCGGCGAUUAGGAGCUUGACAGAUGAAUUGGACCUGGUUGUUACCGAGCAGCCCAAGCAGCGCGGCAUGCGCUUCCGCUACGAGUGCGAGGGCCGCUCUGCCGGCAGCAUCCUCGGGGAGAGCAGCACCGAGGCCAGCAAGACGCUGCCCGCCAUCGAGCUCCGGGAUUGUGGAGGGCUGCGGGAAGUGGAGGUGACCGCGUGCCUGGUGUGGAAAGACUGGCCUCACCGAGUCCACCCACAUAGCCUUGUGGGGAAAGACUGCACCGACGGCGUCUGCAGGGUGCGGCUCCGGCCUCAUGUCAGCCCCCGGCACAGCUUUAACAACCUGGGCAUCCAGUGUGUGAGGAAGAAGGAGAUUGAGGCUGCCAUUGAGCGGAAGAUUCAACUGGGCAUUGACCCCUACAAUGCCGGGUCCCUGAAGAACCAUCAAGAAGUGGACAUGAAUGUCGUGAGGAUCUGCUUCCAGGCGUCGUAUCGAGACCAGCAGGGACAGAUGCGCCGGAUGGACCCAGUGCUCUCUGAGCCUGUCUAUGACAAGAGUGAGUCAAGAGUGCUCAAGUUGGGGGCCCAGUGGGCCAGCUGUCCUGGCUCAGCGGUUGUCCCUACUCUCCCACCAGAGGAUAUAUCAGUGGUGUUCAGCACAGCCUCCUGGGAAGGUCGGGCUGACUUCUCCCAAGCCGAUGUCCACCGCCAGAUUGCCAUUGUAUUCAAGACGCCACCCUAUGAGGACCUGGAGAUUGUUGAGCCUGUGACAGUCAAUGUCUACCUGCAGCGGCUCACCGAUGGUGUCUGCAGCGAGCCGCUGCCCUUCACAUACCUGCCUCGGGACCAUGACAGCUAUGGUGUAGACAAGAAGCGGAAACGGGGGAUGCCUGACGUCCUUGGGGAGCUGAACAGCUCUGAUCCCCAUGGCAUCGAGAGCAAACGGCGGAAGAAAAAGCCAACCUUCUCAAACCACUUUCUGCCCAGCCACGGCUCAGGCCCAUUCCUCCCACCGUCAGCCCUGCUGCUGGACACAGACUUCUUCCCCGGCACCGUGUCCCUGCCCGGCCUGGAGCCUCCCGGCGGGCCUGACCUCCUGGACGACGGUUUUGCCUACGACCCCGUGGCCCCCACGCUCUUCACCAUGCUGGACCUGCUACCCCCGGCGCCGCCACUUGCUAGCGCUGUCGCUGGCAGCGGGGGUGCAGGGGUCGCAGUUGGGGAGCCCCCUUGCCCCGAGCCGCUGACGCUGGACUCGUACCAGGCCCCGGGCCCCGGGGACGGAGGCACAGCCAGCCUUGUGGGCAGCAACAUGUUCCCCAACCAGUACCGCGAGGCAGCCUUUGGGGGCGGCCUCCUGUCCCCCGGGCCUGAAGCCACGUAGCUCCCGCGGUGUCAGAGGAGAGGUGCUUGGAUGGGGGGAGGCGCAGGGGCGUGCGAACACAACCGGAGUGUUCAGCACCCCCAUCCCCCUGGGCCACCCUUGGUCAGUUUUCCGACCUCCUCAUUCUUCUUAACCGGACAUCUUCAGCGCUGGCGGGAAGCACCGUAGCUAUACGUGUUUCCCCUUGAGCCCAUUUUACAAAUGAGAAAACUGAGUCUGGAAAGGAAAAGGGGCGUUACUUCCGUGUACUAGCUUGUUAAAGCUGCCUCAAUCCCCCAAGUGGGGCACCUGCUCCAGCCGGAUUCCGGAAAGACUGUAUAUAUGAGAAGAGGGGGAAGACCCCCAGCCUUCCUUCCCCAGACCUAAAGGUGGAGGGUAGGUUGGUUGUUCAGAGUCUUCCCAAUAAAGAUGAGUUUUUGAGCCUUG